CGUGCUCUUGUAUUCCCAUUAUCGCAUAUUUCAUUCUCCAAAUAUCCAGAACGCAUCAAUAAUCGUUUGCUGGUGCUUUUAUUUCGAUGGCAACGUUAUGCGACAAAUAAUGGUUAAAUCUAUAAAUAUUUUGUUACUCAACCAGCUAAAACUUUCGAUAUUGCCAUCAUGUGUUCUUCAGUCUAGCUGGGGCACUCACUGCAAGCACUCGCUCAGAGCCACGCUCAUGCGCAUUGACGGCUGCCUGGGCAAUUUGUCAGUACUCGUGGGAGAAUUUGGAUAUCACCAUUUUUAAUAUGGAUGAGUCUACAAACAUCACAAAUGCAGUAACCCCUGAUUUUGAUGUGUAUGGUGCCAUGGACUGGAGUGAGGGUGUUGGGACCUUACCUGGGAGUGAGCUAAAGUUUAAGGUGAAUGAGUUUGGAGUCUUGGAGGUCCUAACAGAGGAGGGAGAUGAUGAGAGGGUGAAGAAGUCUCAUGCUACCACUACAUGGGCAGUGCCCACUGUUCAGGAGGCCCUCUCAGACAGUGCGUGUGUGGCGGUGAAAGAGGAGAGGCAGGAGGGUCAGUGGGCCCAGAGAGGCCUGGUGUGUGUGCGCUGCCAGAGGAAGGGCUCCCCCGUGGAUUUCCUGUCUGACUGCCUUCACUGCAGCGAGCGCUGUCUGCAGCAGGACCAGCAGGAUGAGCUGAAGCUGAAGAAAGAGGUGUCUAAGAGCAAUGGGGAGGUGGUGGGGGUCAGCUGUAAGAGGCCUCUGCAGCAGUACAAGGAGAGCCUAGCUGACAAGAUGGACACCACAGAGGUCCUGCCUGAGGACCAUGAUGAGGACUAUGAGGAGAAAGACAGCAGGAAGACGACGCGUGGAGCUCCGCGAGGCAGGAGGAAGCGGAGGGGGGAUGCAGCCCUGCUGAGACACACUGUUCCAUAUGGAGGGAAGAAGAAGUCUUGGUGUUGGGCCUCCUAUCUGGAGCAGGACAAAGCCAUCGCUGCCCCCACUAAACUGUUCAAAGAGCACCAGGCCUUCCCCCAGAGUAAGAAUGGAUUCCGGGUGGGGAUGAGGCUGGAGGGUGUGGACCCAGAACAUCCCUCCAUGUACUGUGUGCUCACUGUAGCUGAGGUUUCAGGACACCGAAUACGGCUUCACUUUGACAAGAACUUGGACUGCUAUGACUUCUGGGUGAAUUCCAACUCGGCAGAUAUCCACCCUGUGGGAUGGUGUGAGAAAACGGGACACAAGCUGCACCCCCCCAAAGGUAUGAAGGAUGAGGAGUUCGUCUGGUCGUCAUACAUCAAACAGAGCAAAGCCCAGGCAGCUCCCAAGGCCCUGUUUGAGAAUCAGAACACGACUGUCACCCCUUUAGGAUUCAGAAUUGGGAUGAAGCUGGAGGCCAUUGACAAGAAGAACCCCUCCUUCAUCUGUGUUGCCACAGUAACAGACAUGGUGGACAGUCGAUUCCUAGUGCACUUUGAUAAUUGGGAUGAGAGCUAUGACUUCUGGUGUGAUGCAACCAGUCCCUACAUCCACGCAGUGGGCUGGUGUCAAGACAACGACAGGAUUCUCACGACCCCUCCAGGUUACCCCAGUGUCAAGGAUUUCUCCUGGGGAAAGUAUCUGGAGGAGACCAACUCAUCACCGGCCCCUGCCAGGGCUUUCAAAGGGAAACCCCCUCACACCUUCCUGCCACUCAUGAAGCUGGAGACGGUGGACAAGAGGAACCCCAUGCUUGUCAGAGUGGCCACCGUGGUAGACACUGAGGACCACAGGAUCCAAAUCCAUUUUGACGGCUGGACGGAUAAGUAUGACUACUGGGUGGACACAGACAGCCCAGACAUCCACCCUGCGGGCUGGUGUGCUAAGACAGGCCACCCCCUCCAGCCCCCGAUCAGUCCACAGGAGCUGUUUGAGUCAUCAGGGCAGGGCGGAUGUCCCACCCCAGGGUGUAAAGGUGUGGGCCACAUCAAAGGAGCCCGCUACUCUGGCCACCACAGUGCGGUCGGAUGCCCAUACUCUGAUCUCAACAUCAACAAGGACUCAGUGCUGCCAGACCGUCUGAGUGGUGAGAUGCCAGGGUCAGGAGGACUGGGCCGACCCCGACGGGCAGAACCCAACCCAGAGAACCACCCAGCUCUAGCUCUCACUUCAGACAAGCACUUAAGCGCCAACACAAAUCACCUGGAAAAGCCUGGCAGGGGUGAGAUGGCUGGCAGCGGCAUGGCGAAACCCGCCGGCACAGAGCCCAAGAGGAGGGUUGGGCGGCCUUGCAAGCAGAAGAAGGUAGAGGAGCUGGUGGAAGACGAGGAGAUGAAGAGUGAGGUGCCAUGCAUAAUUGAAACCAAAGUAGAGCUGACACUACAGGAAGCCCUUCACCAGUCAGUGUUCAUGCCAUGCACCUCGCCAUCCCCCAGCAGCACUCCUUUCUGCUGGGACCAGCACAGCAAGCUGCUACCCACCGUGGCUGGCAUCACUUCAAGCAAAGUGGCUGUGUGGACAGUGGAGGAGGUGAUUGAGUUCAUCCAAGGUCUUCCAGGCUGUAACGAACACGUGCACACUUUCAGAGAUGAGCAAAUAGAUGGUGAAGCCUUCCUUCUGUUGACUCAGGUUGACCUAGUGAGGAUCAUGAGCAUCAAGCUGGGUCCAGCCAUAAAAAUCUACAACUCAAUCUUGAUGUUCAAGACGGCAGAGGAAUCGGCAUGUAAUGAGCUCUAACGAAGGUCGGAGGCCACUAUUUUUACCCUGAGCAGAGCAGAGCCAGGAGAAGGAAGUCUACAGAUAAGGAUGUGAAGCACAAAGAACCAUUCUUCUUCCCAGAGGAAGCAAACUGAAUGCACAUGUGAAUUGCACAAGUUAUUUUUUUUAAGACAGCCAUAUUGUGUACUGCGAAUAUCCAAUGUGAUUGACUCAUUGGAGAAAUGUCAUUUCAAUCAUCAGCUCUAUUAUGUGUAAUAUUAUUGUACAGUAUAGGCUCUUUUUAUAUUAGUGUUGGGGUGGUGCCACGAGUAUGCUCGUUCUACCUAAAAACGAAAACUGGAAAUGUAGUGCAAAUGCGUCAGAUUUCCUUUAGUGCAUCACAAUCAGCAACUCUGACAUUUUCAUCAUGUAGAAAGUCCCAUCUGCACAGGGCUUUAGCUGUUCCGGUCUCUCUGGGAUGCUGAUGUCAAGCAGGUCAGAGAGAUUCUAACUGAGAAUGGAAGAUCUGUUCAGGCCCUAUGAAGCAGUGACAAGUGUCUGUUUACUUUAAGGUACUAACCCCAGGGAAGGGGUUUGGUUGAAUGAAUUAAAUCUAAAAGUCCAUAUAGACAAUGGUAUUUCUUUACGUGGACUGUUGUUCACUUGUUUAUUUACAGUGCAUUCUGGUGGUAUUCAGACCCCUUGACUUUUUCCACAUUAUGUUACGUUACAGCCUUAAUCUAAAAUUGAUGAUUGUGUGUAGAUUCCUCGUCAAUCUACACACAAUACCCCAUGUUUGCAAUGUAUAAUAAAAUUUAAAAAGCAGAUACCUUAUUUACAUAAGUAUUCAGACCCUUUACUAUGAGACUCAAAAUUGAGCUCAGGUGCAUCCUGUUUCC